AUGAAAACUUCCGAAAUAAAUCUCACUACUGAUUCCGUCCACAUUGACAUUGAUCCUCGACAUUUUUAUGAUGACGACGAAGAUGCUGAUUCGGACACGUCUAAUCCACAUCGUACCGCUCACUAUGACCAGCCUCCGUCAUACCAGGAAGUCACCGAGACCAAACCCCGUAUUUCUCAGUAUCAAGAUGGAUCUCCGCCCGGUGGUGUUCCAGGCGCGGUAGAUCUGCCACUGCCGCCACUGUAUGAAGAUGUCGUGCGCCAAGAGCGUCCCUUUGCCAGUCAUCCCGAGGAUGCCCGGGAAUGGCAAGAUCCGAGUGCUGCGUGUGACGAGAUGUUCGGGAAAUGUAUUACGUACUGGAGAAUCUUGGUCUUUCUGGGUAACAUUGCCGGUAUAGUUUUUCUGAUGCUGCACUUUUACGAAUACGACAUUCCAUGGGCGGGCGUCACCGGGGGGAUUUUAUUCGGAGUGUUUUACCUACUGUAUUUAAUCGAAACGUUCUGUUACAAUUCAAACAUGAAGUUUCUCACAAAUUCGGUUAUGGUGACCGACAUUAACGGUCACGUGGACAGCGUUCGAGCAGGCGAACCUUCCGUGUUGUGGCGCAUGGAAUGCUACCACUACGAGACACGCACUCGGACGGUAACCACCGGUACCGGCACGAGUCGCAGCACCCGCACCGAAACCUACACCGUCAAAGUGACCACCUGGACCGGUCAGCUGCAUUUCCAGUUCUCCUACUGGGACGAUGUCUCGGAUCCUCGCCAACUGGAUACCAUCGGGAUCUUCAAGCAGACGCGAAUUAAGUUCUCCAAGCAGUUUGUCCUCUCGGAUGGCCCGACGCGGGAAGCGUUUGAACGGCAACGCGACGGCUUUGUGCUAGCCAAUCGGUGGAGGGAUGCGCAUCAUAAUUUAACGGAGACAUUUGACAUCGUCGGGUAUGAACCGGCUGUGCUAGUCUCCACGACAGAUUCGAAACCUUCUUUUAGAGACUCACUGGUAUGUCCUGGCGGUGUUCUUGCUAAUGGAGCUGCCGUUUAGUUUUAUGAUUAAAAUGCAGUCAGCACGGAUUCAGUAUCUUUAUGUGAAGAAGUUAGGGAUAGCGCAGUAACGAUUUGGUCGUUUCCUUUUAUCUUUUGCCUUUGGUUGCGGCAAAAUGUCUUAGCUUGUGGUGGCAGUCCGACAGAUAUUGUUUUUGCAAUGCAAACCUUGUUUGUUUCAAAUGCAAACGUCGAGCCAUUUUGACCGACUCGUGUUUUGUAAGGGGUUCUUGUUUGGGAGUUAUUUUGCGUAUAUUCUUAAUUAUGCUUCACUUAGUCUACUUUUAUAACUGGAAAUAUAAUUAUU